AUGGCUAAUCUAAAGAACUCAAGCAAAACAUACACCCUCGCUUCUGGCGACAAGAUCCCCGCCAUUGGACUAGGGACUUGGCAGUCAACCAAAGACCAAACUGUCAGAGCUGUCGAAGCUGCGCUUGCGGCAGGCUACCGCUACAUUGACACGGCAGCUGGAUAUGGCAACGAGUCCGAGGUAGGGCAAGGCCUAAAGAACUCGGGAAUCCCACGCGAACAGGUCUGGAUCACCACCAAGCUGAAUAACCCAGACCACAAGCGCGCACCUGAAGCGCUUGAGGAUUCUCUGAAGAACCUCGGCGUCGACUAUCUUGACUUGUGGCUCAUGCACUGGCCUUGUAGCACUGACCCAAGCAAGGAGAAUGCCCACUAUGAAGAUUGGAACUUCAUCGACACAUGGCGCGAAAUGCAAAAACUGCUUGCCACUGGCAAAAUUAGGAACAUUGGCGUCUCCAACUUCGGUAUUACUAACAUGGAGAAGCUGUUGAAUCACCCCUCGUGCAAGAUUGUGCCGGCCGUGAACCAAAUCGAAUUACACCCGAACAACCCGUCUUUUAGGCUGGUGCAAUACUGCCAGGAUAAGGGCAUUCAUCUUACCGGGUAUUCGUGUCUGGGCAGCACAAACUCGCCUCUCUACAAAGACCCAACCUUGCUCUCGAUCGCGAAGGCCAAAGGUAAGACUCCCCAACAAUGCCUGCUGCAGUGGGGGAUUCAGCAUGGCUGGGAUGUCAUCCCCAAGUCAGUCACGGCUUCGCGCAUACAGGACAACUUCAACCUUGAUGGAUGGGACUUGACAGACGAUGAGAUGAUAAAGCUCGACGCCCUGCCUGAUCGAUUCAAGGUGGGCAACGAUGACUGGCUACCGAUCAAAGUCUUUUUCGGAGAUGAUGAGGGACCUGUCAAAUCUCAAGAAGGGAAAACAAUUAAAAAUAGAUCUAGUCUCUAA